UUUUCAGGGAGUUCUGUUUGGUGGGUGGCAGCUAGGUUCUUCUGUUUUCACCCUGAAGACCAUAAUGGGAAAUUGAAGUAGGGAGAGAUGGCUUCGACUCCGCUGGUCAAACUGAGGCCGGCGUUGGGCCGAUGUCUGGCCACAGCGGCAAGGUCUUCCACUCAGCUGCCAGCCGGAUACAGGGUACCACCGCUGCUCUCAAAUACCGGUCAUCAAAACAUCCCCACCGCCUGCGCUCGCCUGUAUGCCACCAAGAAGAGUAAAGCGAAGGCAGCAAAGGGCCAGUCGGCCAAAGUGAACAUCAACUCGUCGCUGGUGGAGGACAUCAUCAGUCUGGAGGAAGUGAAGGGGGAGAUGGCCACCGUCCUCGCCGCCCUGAAGGACGAAUUCAGCCGCAACCUGAGCAUCAGGACCUCUCCCGGAGCUCUGGAUCAUGUUGUGGUGUCCACAGCGGACGGCAAGUUCCCUCUCAACCAGCUGGGUCAGAUCUCCAUGAAAUCCUCUCAGCUCAUCGUGGUCAAUAUGACCAGCUAUCCAGAGGCCACGCCAGCCGCCGUCCGCGCCCUGCGAGAGAGCAGCAUGAAGCUGAACCCCGAGGUGGACGGCACCAUCAUCCGGGUGCCCAUUCCCAAGGUGACAAGGGAGCACAGGGAGAACCUGGCUAAGCUGGCCAAGCAGUUCAGCAACAAGGCCAAGGAGUCACUGAGGAGGGUGAGAUCCAGUGCUGUGGCACAGGUCAAGAAAGCCAAAGAGACUGUAUCCGAGGACACCCUCUGGCUAGUGGAGAAACAGGUCGAUCAAAUGGCAGAAAGCUUUGCUUCGGAUGUUGAGAAGCAACUGGCCACCAAAACCAAGGAGCUGUUGGGGUGACCUUCUUUGAACCCCCAUUGCGUGUAUCACCGAACACAAAUCUGAAUCAAUGACUGGUCAAAACUAUUAUGUUCAUUUGAGAAUUGAUGUAGGGCAUAUGCUGAAUCGUACUGUAGGUUUGGUCGGCCCUCUGCGGUUGUUUGUGUGUUUCACUCGUGCGUAAAUAGAAGUUGGCGUCACACAACAGCGGCUGCUGGUUCCUCCCUCACUCUCGUCUUCAAACAAACACAGAGGGGGAGAAAUAGACUUUUAAUGGCAUCUGGAAGACUCCUUCUAAUCAAACCGAUGCGAAAGAGAGCUGUGUUUGUGUAGAAAGCACCACACUGAAUGUAAACGGUGAGGCUUUUCUGGACCUAGACAAGGAGACAGUCACCCCAAAGGACAGGGAGUAGUAGAGAUAUUAAUGUGGUGCCAACAUUUGUUUCAGAUUCAGUGUUAAAGGUGUAGUUCUGAGAUUUUGCAUAUUUGGUAAAUUGUUUUCUUACCUUGAAAUCAGUCUGGUCUAAGAGUGACUGGAGUCCACUCUUGGUUUAGUUAGAUGAGUCACUUCUGGUAAAUGCUAAUAUUCUAAAGUAAUAAUAGUAUCUGGGGGAUAAUACGCAUCAAAAUAUUUAAAAUGGAUGGCCUAUUCCUUUAGUAGUCUCUCUAAACGCACUGAUUCAUUCUGUCAGUUUAUAAAGGAGUAAUCCUUCAACGAACAAUGUAAACAAAAUAAAGUGAGCAAUCUCAUUAUUUAAGGGAGCCAUUAACCAAAA